AUGGAUGGUGAAUUGGCCCUUCUUGAGUACGAGAAAGACAAGGUUCGUAAUGGUGAGCUCCAAAUACCCGUGGCUUCUAUUCCUGAGCCUAUAUCUAUGGAGAUUCAGGCUGUGAGCAAUCAAGCAUCUGGUUCCGGCCGAGCUAGAAGGGAUGCUGCUGCACGUGCCAUGCAGGGUUGGCACUCUCAAAGGAUGCUUGGUAAUGGUGAAGUUGGGGAUCCAAUUAUAAAGGAUAAGGGCUCAGUUUCUCUUUUCAAGAAGGAUAAACACCUCAAGUCCAUUGGUCAAACACUAAAGAGGAAGAAGUCGUCUAGCCUUGUUAAAGCUGCACGCACAAAAAGUCUCAAACCUCAAGUGGACUCCAUUAUUGUUGAUGUUGGGGCGCCUGCUGAUUGGGUGAAAAUAAAUGUGCGAAGAACGAAAGAUUGCUAUGAAGUCUAUGCUUUAGUUCCUGGACUCCUUCGCGAAGAGGUACACGUUCAGUCAGAUCCAGCAGGUCGUUUGAUUAUUUCGGGCGAACCCGAACAGCCCGAUAACCCUUGGGGCGUUACUGCUUUCAAAAAGGUGAUCACAUUACCCUCACGGAUUGACCCGCACCAAACAUCGGCCGUAGUUACAUUGCACGGCCAGUUGUUUGUUCGCGCUCCUUUCGAGCAGUCUGAUUCU